AUGAGCUGGGAACAAUAUCAAAUGUAUGUGCCACAGUGCCAUCCAGCUCUCAUGUAUCAAUCCGUCGGAUCUAUUCAAUCUACUAUGACUACCCCUCUUCAAAGCCCUAAUUUUUCUUUGGACUCCCCUCAUUACCCCGAAAGUCUUUCUCAUUACAGCAACGGUGGAGGAAAAGAUGACAAGAAGAAGUGCCGCCGCUACAAGACUCCGUCCCCACAACUGCUCCGGAUGAGAAGAAGUGCCGCCAACGAACGGGAGCGUAGAAGAAUGAACACAUUGAAUGUUGCUUAUGAUGAGCUUCGCGAAGUCUUGCCGGAAAUCGACUCGGGGAAGAAGCUUUCGAAAUUCGAGACUCUGCAAAUGGCUCAGAAAUACAUUGAAUGCCUGGCCCAGAUUCUCAAAAAAGAUGCAAAGCACGAGAACAGCAAGAACAAAUCCGGAUAA